UGCAUAGUGUGGGCAUUGUUGUUGCAUAGUCAGUCCUCUUCUUCUCUCCAAUAUCUCAUCUCCAUCAUCGAGCUCUCUGCUUUGUCUGCCUCAAUGCUUUGCUUUCACCGCUGAGAGAACUCCCAACCGGAACCCGCCACCUCCUCCAUUUCCCCAAAAUAAGAAAACCUCUCAAUCGGAGGUAACAAACACAGAUUACGAACGAAGGAGAUGGGAACCUUGGGAAAGGCAAUCUACACUGUCGGAUUCUGGAUCCGUGAGACCGGCCAAGCAAUCGAUCGCCUCGGCUGCCGUCUCCAAGGCAGUUACUACUUCCAAGAACAGCUGUCCAGGCAUCGGACGCUCAUGAACGUAUUUGACAAAGCUCCUGUAGUUGAUAAGGAUGUAUUUGUAGCCCCAAGUGCAUCUAUCAUUGGCGACGUUCAGGUGGGACGAGGUUCCUCUAUCUGGUACGGGUGUGUUUUGAGAGGUGAUGUUAACAGCAUAAAUAUUGGAGCUGGAACCAAUAUACAAGAUAAUUCCCUUGUUCAUGUAGCAAAGUCUAAUUUGAGUGGAAAGGUUUUACCAACUAUCAUUGGAGAUAAUGUUACUGUCGGUCACAGUGCCAUCCUACAUGGAUGCACUGUGGAGGAUGAGGCAUUUGUUGGAAUGGGUGCAACCUUGCUGGAUGGAGUUUAUGUUGAGAAACAUGCCAUGGUUGCAGCUGGAGCCCUUGUUAGGCAGAAUACUAGGGUUCCCUGUGGAGAGGUAUGGGCAGGUAACCCAGCAAAGUUCUUGAGAAAGCUGACAGAAGAAGAAAUGGCAUUCAUUUCACAAUCUGCUCUAAACUAUUCCAAUUUGGCACGGGUCCAUGAAGCUGAAAAUGCAAAAGGCUUUGAUGAGAUUGAGUUUGAGAAGGUGCUUCGCAAGAAGUUUGCCCGCCGGGAUGAGGAAUAUGAUUCAAUGCUCGGUGUUGUUCGUGAAACACCCCCUGAGCUUGUCCUUCCUGAUAACAUUCUUCCAGAUAAAGUACCCAAGGCCUCAUAACGUGUUAUUGUACCCAUCAUAUGAUACCUCUUGAGUUGGUGUCAGUGGAUAGUUUGUUACGUGCGGAUUUAUUGAGAACAGCUGCCUUUUCAUUUCCAAUAAUUUUUGGGGCGAGCUGAGGUGUCAAGGUGAACUUAUGGUGUACAUUUGUGGCAUGCAGCUCAGCUCAGCUCUGCUCAUCCUGUUCUGUUUGAUCAGAAACUGAACUUUCUCUUUCUUUAGAAAAAAUUACUGAAGUAGAACACAAGUUCGGAUGUUUUAGGUCAUCCGAAAAGGUCUUUCCAUUGUUUCUUAGCCUAGAUUGCGUUUUUGAAUAUGAAAUAAAGAAAUGUGGAAUCAGGUAAAUGGAGCCUGCUAUAACUUUGGGGGUACUCUUGCUCAAAGCAUGCAGCUCCCUCUUGCAAAGUUAUAUAUCAGAUGCAGUUUUCUCUAGACUCGUUGAUCAUUAAGAAAUUCUGUCUUUCAUUCAAUGUGAUGUUUGCUUUGAUUUGUUUA